CGUUAACGUCACUCGGCUCGUAAAGUAAAUUACGGUGAUGUUACAGGAAUAACUUAUACUUAACUUAAAAUCAAUGACAGGUACAGCUAUCCUAGUGAAUAAUGCAUCAACCAAACACUUUUGUUUUUCCAUUUUGGAUUUUAAUUCUUAAUAAGUAGCUAGCUAACUUAACGUUUCCUCCGUUACCGCCUCCUCUGUUCGGUUCCAAAGUACAAGUUAACGUAAGUUUAGCUAGUUUCUCUGAGAGGUCACCCGGUCAGAGGUUAUUUUCCUGGGCAAUUGACACCUCCCUUUCUUCGCAGUUUGAUUCCCACGAACUGUCAGGUCGCUGCGGUUCGGUGAGGUAACAUUAACGUUAAAGUCCUGAACGGUUUUCUACAAGAAGCAAAAUGAAUCGAAGAACAGAAACAACCGAAGAAACCUCCAGAGCUUCAGUUUCCCCACAGAUUAACAGUGCAGAGCAACGAAAGAGGACCCAAAUUAUUUACGUCGUCUACCUCAUCGGUGCUUUGGAUAUUACAUGGAUGUUUUUGCAGUUUUCUGUUACACCUUAUUUGGCAAAGAAACUUGGCUUCGACACCUUGUGGUUUGGUUAUUUGCAAACCACGGUUGGUGUAAUCCAGCUGUUUGGGGGUCCUCUAUUUGGAAGGUUUGCAGAUCUCUUCGGAGCACGAGUGGCUUUGUCUCUGGCGUGUUCAGCAACAGUUGUUUUCUUUCUGCUGCUGGCCAUAGCAGAACAUCCUGCCAUGCUGUUCAUCCACAAACUCCCCACAGUCUUCAUGCAUGUGCUGUCUGCGUGUCAGAUGGUCGUCGCAGACCUUUCAGAACCUGAACAUCGGGCAGAUGCUUUAUCCAAACUAGGUCUGUGUUUUGGCUUUGGUAUGAUAGCUGGCUCCACGUUGGGUGGCCAUCUGAACACGCGUUAUGGGGAGACAUUUACUGCAUGUUUUGGUGCUGUGGGGAGUGCCUUCAGUUUACUGUUGGUUUUAAAGUUCAUCCCAAAAAAUACCAAAGUUCAAGCUUCAAGAACCAACGCAGACAGUGAGAACAAAAACAAAUCAGUAUUCAAUAUGGGAGAGAUCACAAGACUGAUGAAGUUUCCAGGUGUGGUGCAGACGUUUGUCGUGAAGAUAGUUGCAGGUUUGCCCUCAGGUAUUUUCCAGGUGAUGUUCUCCAUCAUUGCGUUGGAAUUCUUUAAACUGCGGCCUGAACAGAAUGGCUAUCUCAUGGCUUAUUUUGGCAUAGUCCAAAUGGUUGUUCAGGGGGGAGUGAUCGGGCGGCUCACAGCGAGGUACUCUGACAACUCGUUGCUGCUUCUGUCCAUCGGAGUUUCUGCUCUGGUGGGACUAUGUCAGGCUUACAUGCAGAAUGUGUUCCAGUUCUGCCUCACCGUCGUCCCGAUGAUGUUCUCUCUCAGCGUGUUUAGUGUCAUCACAGACAGCAUGCUCACCAAGAGCGUCCCAUCCUCUGACACAGGCACAAUGCUGGGACUGUGUGCAUCUGUCCAAUCCCUGCUUCGCACAGUCGGGCCGACAGUGGGCGGCUUCCUGUAUGUGAACUACGGCAUUUCCUGUAUAGGCUUAAUCCAGUUUUUUGUGAAUUUUGGCGUGUUUGUGUACCUGCUGCAGCGUCACCUCAAGAAGACAACCGAGCAAACAGCAUGAAAUCUCUGAGUCUUUGAAAAGCUUCUUCUCUUCUCCUAUAUGUCCAAAAACUAGAUAGAAAUUAAUGUUUGAUUUUUGGAACAAUCAUUUUUACAACUGCACAUAUUUAAAGUUCACUUUUGCAGUUGUUUACAGGAUGAGAUAAGGUCAAGUCGUUCAUUCAGGUUUCUUGCUCUGUUGUAUAAUCUGAGGUUCUGGACCAAACCACUAGAUGGAAGCAAAUCAUCUGUUUUACCUGAUGAUGCUCUUAUUUUCCAAGGUUCAUAGUUCACAUUCACAUCAGAGCUGCACUUUAAAAUCAGUUUGUUCAUAUUGAGAUUUUAUUAAACAAAUCAAACAUUAUUAAAUGUUGGAUCAAUCAAA